AUGAUCGCAAGUAGAAUUUUUCAACGAAGUUUAUCUACGAAACCUAUUAUUACUCGAGAUACAGUUAAGCUUAUCCUAAAUCCACCCGAAAAAUAUAUUGAUGAAUUUAUGCUCACUUAUGGAAACCGGCCAGAUUUUCGAAGAUCUGAUUUCAAGAUUUGGAAUCAACAUCCGAAAUUUGAACGAUUUUUCUAUACACCCAAAGAUAGCACAAAACUCAUAGCAACUUGUCAAUUAACUUUCUUCCCACAUGUUCACAAACCGUCUGAGCAAUUAUCAUUUGGCGGAUUAUUCUGGAUUACUCCAGAAUAUCGUGGAAAAGAAUUCAUGAAAAUAAUGCAAAAAGAUCUGGGUAGCAGCAAAUCAUUGGGGCGCCCAUUUAAAUCAAGUCUUGUUCCAUCGGCGAUGAAAUUUGGGACUAAACUUGUUGGUGGACAAAUCAAUGAGCAUUUCAAGUAUAAUGUGACCUAUUAUUUGCCAGAAGAUUUAAAAAUUCCAAAAGAUUUGAAAAGCGAUGGAAUAAGUGUCAAGGUGAGUACUGUAUAAACAAUUUUGCAAAUACUAAACUCCUCAUCGUCAGAUGUAAAUUUCAUUUAUUUUUUGAAUUUCAGAACUUUGAUGAAUCACAAUCGCAAAAAAUUGUCGAAUACGAUCAAAAAAUAUUCCCAUAUAAGCGCGAAAAACUAAUGCUGGCUAAUUUUUCGGACCCAAACAACAUUGUGAAAAUUGCUUAUGAUUCGGAAGGAAAUGUAAUCGGUUUUGGAUAUUUGGCAUUAUUUGAUUCCGGUUUUGCAAGUAUGUAUGCAUUAUAUGCUGAUAAUGUAAAUGUUGCUCGUGCUAUUUUUGCAAAUAUUUUGAAAGAUGCACCGAUGCAGAAAAUCAAACGAUUUGAAAUUCGACAACCCGAUACAUCGGAAAAGUAAGAUUGUUUUAGAGUUAGGUUCUCAAUACAAAUGUUUUCCAGAUGGAUUCAACCAUUUGUGGUGAAUGAGCAAGAAACAAAACAUAUGGCAACUUUGGUUUCAACAGAGGAUAAUAUCGAAUUCAAUAUGAACAAAAUAUUUAUCAACUCGCAUCCAGCUUGUUGUCCUGUUUGA